CCGCAAACAUGGCGAUCCCGACAGCCUAAAUAUACGAAGUGCAAAAACAAUCUCGAAUUCUGAAUUUUUGCAAAAUAAAAAUUGAACAAUUCGGACGCCCCUUGGGGCCCACCACGCGAAAAUAACGUGAGUGUCUUCGAUUAAUCGAGUUAUUCCCGAUUCAGACUUAUCUGUGAUUGUGUAAAAUACAAGAGAAACUCAAAAAGAUGCAUCGGCGACGGUAGAGAAACUUUUUAUCGUUCCGGUGUGUGAUCUACUAAACUCUAUUCUAGUCAUGGGUAAACAGAAUAGUAAACUGAAACCGGAAGUAUUGGAGGAUCUGAAACAAAACACCGAAUUUUCAGAUGCUGAAAUUCAAGAAUGGUACAAAGGGUUUUUAAAAGACUGUCCCAGUGGUCAUCUGUCAGUGGAUGAAUUUAAGAAAAUAUAUGGGAACUUUUUUCCAUAUGGGGAUGCCAGCAAGUUUGCUGAACACGUAUUUAGAACUUUCGAUGCAAAUGGAGAUGGCACCAUUGACUUCCGGGAGUUCUUGUGCGCACUAUCAGUCACAUCGAGAGGUAAAUUGGAGCAAAAACUAAAGUGGGCCUUUUCCAUGUACGACCUUGACGGAAACGGUUACAUUUCCCGACAAGAAAUGUUAGAAAUCGUAACGGCGAUAUAUAAGAUGGUUGGGACGGUAAUGAAAAUGCCCGAAGACGAGAGCACCCCCGAGAAACGCACCGAUAAAAUUUUUCGGCAAAUGGACAAAAACAAAGACGGUAAACUGUCGUUGGAGGAGUUCAUAGAGGGCGCCAAAAGCGACCCGUCCAUCGUCAGAUUGUUGCAGUGCGAUCCCCAAGCCCAGUAGACUACCCCCCUCUCUUAUCUAGUACCUAAUUGAAUAUAAAACAAAAGUGUUUUGGAGUUUGUUUUACUUCUUUUUAUCUACUGUAAAAGUGACAACUGUUAGAUAGGUCUAAGACGUUUCCAAUAAUUCUCCUUUAUAUCUCUCUCCUUGAAAACUGAAGACUUUUCGUGUUGUGCUAGUAAGUUUUAGAACCACUGUCCUAUACUAGAGGUGGUCUCUGGUGGUCAGGCGUUUAAAGGACUCUAGCUCUAGCCGGAGCAAUUAUUAUUAUUAUAUGACGCUACUUAUCGGAGACCAUGGCCGUUUUUGGGCAGGGCGUUUUCAGUUUGUUUUCUUAGGUUUGUAGAUGCCCUUUGAAUGUUUUGCAGUGCUGUAGAGUGAAGAUUUGUCAGUUCAGCAAUUUAAUUAUUUUUUAGUCAUACAGGGUGUACCCGAAACUGAGUUUCAUUAUCAUUUAAAGUGUUUUAAUUUUGGCGUUUACGGGAUAAUAAAGUAGACAUUUUGAAGAACUUUGUAGUUAACAGAAUACUGAUGAUACAUUUUAUAUUGAAAAUAUUUUUUUUAAUUGACGCAGGUUAUUAAUGUUCACUAAAAUAAUACAUCUUUUGUUUAUAGAAACAUAACAUUAGGAGAUUUAAAUGAAAUUUUGAAUGUAAACUCAGGAAAUUAGAAACAGUUUCAUCAAAGUAUUUUUUUAUCAUAAAUCAUUAUUUUGCUCUUAAAUGCUUAAAAAAAUUAUCACAGAUAUAAAUCAAUUCGGAUUCAGGCAGUUUUUCUGAAAAACGUUUUAUGCAAAAAAUAUUUUAAUUUUCAACUUGUUUCUACUGUGAAUUAUACAUUAUCAUGUAAAAGAUCAUAAAAAAAACAUGCAAGCUCAAUAAAAGGUCAGAUUUUAGAAAGUAACUUCUUGAUUAUGACAUUCUGACAGCAUUAACUUAAUUAUUAGGCAAGUUAGGGGUCUUGCUUAUAGGACAUAGUCCUUUUCCUUCAGUUCCUUUGUAAAACCCUCUAUAACUUCACAAAAAAUAUCCCCUAAUGGUGUGAUUUCUAUAAUCCUAAUUGGUGAAAUUAUUCUAAAAAUUCUUUAUUAUUUUGUUUUAAUUUAAUCUUGCUUAGGAUCUUCACUCUUCAGCACAGCAAAGCGUUUCCCCAAAAUGUUAAAGCCAAACUCGUGUGAUUGGCAAGGAAAAAAUCCGCUGUUCGUAGUCGUAGCGAUUUUUUCUUGCGCCUUAGUUUUUUUACGAAAUUCUCUACGAAUAUGAUGAUAUACCGAUAUUUUAAGGAAUUAAUGAUUAAAUUUUAGGACAGGUGUCAUUUUUAGCGAGCUAAUAUUUCGAUUAUCUUGAUAGGUCGCGCUAAGCUACCGGUGCUGCAGCUAAAAAUGUCACCGAAGCCUUUGGAUGUAUAAAGUUUUUAGUCGUUUUCUGCUAAACCUAAAAUCGAACUACUAAAAAUACGAAUAGGCGAAACUAAUUACAUACGUAUGUAUUUACUCCACUUCAAAUUAUAUUUCCAAAGUAUGUAUACCUAUUAUAGUAAUGAUAAUGAGUAUGAUGUAAGUGUUAAUGUUUUCAAAUUUUUAAUGUGAUUCCAACUUCGUAUACAGGGUGUUCUAUUUGGCAUGUGUGACUAUUUCCGAAACUAUAGGAGAUACGAGGGCGGUUAAAUCAGAAACAAGUUGCCAAUUUUGAUGCUUAGAGGAGAAGGGGGCACUUUUGAACAUAUUUACUAAAAUUCAAGUCCUAAAAAAAUCUAAAUUUCAAUAUAAAAGUGAGGAACAGCUUUUCCAGAUGUAGAAUAUGUUUACUUUAAGCUCAGACUGAAAAAACUAUUGAAAUUUUAGUGUGUUUUGUUUAAAACGCAAAUAAACAGUAAAUGUCAUACUGUUCAAAUGUACCCCAGCUGUGGGGUAUAUUUGAAUAGGCAAAGGGGCACAAAUAAACAGUACAUAUAUAUUGGAAGUUUUCUUGAUUUUUAUUACAAAAAAUCUUUCGUAAAUUAAAUUUAUUAAAUUCCAGCUUAAACUCCAAUAAUGAAGAUGUCCUCUCAGUACCUUUUUGAUGCGGAACAGGUAAUUUCUUAAUUACAUCCAUAGACGCUACUGUGCUUAUAUCUUCGACUGCGGGAUAAUAAAAUUUCCGUCCUUUUUUCCCUAAAAAUGUAUUGAUAUAUUCAUCUUCUUUUUGCCCGAUAAUUUUUCUAAAGCAGGUUUUUUAGUGCAAAUUCGGAUUACAUCAUAAUCGUCAAUUUGUACAUCCGACGACACAUUUGGCGAAUCUUCAUUUUCAUCAGAUGAGACCUUGACAGCUUGAACUCAUUUUCAGAAUCAUCUUGUAGGGAUAUGGCAUCAUCACAUGAUGAGUCACUAUCUGCCAAUAUUGCUCUCUUCACUCUUGGCUACCACCGUUUGUACUCUUUUCUUAGCUUCUCGAGCAACUGCUUCGGCUGCAACGGCAUCUUUAAUCGGUGUAUCUGUAAGAAACAGAGACUUUUUUGUUUUGCGACUUUGGCGACGCUUUUUGGAAGUCGAACAAAUAUCGGGAAAUGUUCUGACCACCUCAGGAGAUAUUACUUCAGGUUCAAUUAAUAAGGUCGUGGAAGCUGAUGCUACAAAAGUGACCGGAGCUGCAGAUGAAAUAUACGGUAGAGAGUCAUUUUGUUACUUUGGUAUUUCAGCAACAUCAUUAGUAGAUGCUUUUCCUGCUGCAACAAAGUCACUAUCUGAAAAAAUAUUUCUAUUUAACUCAAUUCGAAAUUAAAUAAUCAUGUUGCGCUAUUUUUAAUUUAGCCUUAAAAGGGGCCAUUAUUGAAAGGUCCAGUGGCUGAAGGCGAUGACUACAAUGAGGCGGUAUAGUGACCACCUCCAAGCCAUUUUCUUUUGCAAAUUUAAUGGCAUUUAGCGAGCAGUGAGAUUCGUGGUUGUCCGUUAUUAUUAAAUUUUUUUUUUAUAAAAUACAUUUUUCAAAAUGUAUUUUGUAAAAGAUUUUAUAUGUUCCAGAACUUUUAUAAAUAACGUUUUUGUCAUCCAACCGCUAGGAGGAUUGUUUAUUAGUCCUAUGCUUCCAGCUGAAGCACCUGUGAGGAAACUGUCUUGAUAUCUAGCUCGUGAGAAUAUAAAAACUGGUGGUAAACUAUUUCCAUCUGCACUCACGAUGGCACACAUAGUUACAAGAGUGCCCCUUUCCGCGGAAAUAACUUGGCCCACUUGCUUAAUUCCCUUUUCAACAGUGGUUAUAACCGUUUCAUCCAAGUUAAAAAUUUUAUGUGCAAGAAAAUUUUAUUUUUCGUAACAGCGCACAAGAUUAUCUUGAAACUCUGUUAAUGCAGUUUGGUUAAAUGCCGUAACACGUGAUAUACUCGUGUUUUCAGGCCUUCGGAGACUGAGAUUUUGAUAGCGUUUCAUAAACCCUUGAACCCAAUCUAACCCUGCCGUUUUGUUAGUAUCCCAACUAGGUGGAUAUUUUAUAGACAUAGCUUUUGCAUAAUCAAAUGCCAAUACCCUCAGAUUUUUAUACGAUAAGCCAUAUCGUAGUUUGCGGUUUUUUUAAAAUAAGGUGGCCACCAUCCUUUAAAGUCUUCAUCUGUCCCCACCACUUUUACAUUGAAGCGCGGCAUCAAUGUUUUCGCAUUUGCUAUUAUUGAUACAUAUUGCAUUGAUGUAUAAAUCCAGUCAUGGCGCCUAAUAGCUCUUUUAACAAGUCCAAAAUGUCUAUCACAUGGAAGAAAUGAAUGCCCCCGAACAGGGAAAUAAUAUAUUGAUGAAUGACUGUAAAUCUUCCAUUCACGGUCAGAUUUAGGAAAAAUCGAAUAAGAAUAUGGUUUCGAUUUAGACCCCCAGCAGCAUCACUAAACGCGUGCAAUUCCGUGAUUUUAUCUGGAAUUUGUUUAAUAUAAUCAUUCAGGAAUGAAGCUACCUCGUUUGGUUCACGUUAAGAAAUGUUUUUGUGCAUACCUGGAUACGUUCUUUUCCAUGUAGUACAUGGAACACAAAAUUGCUUCGGCGUUCUUGCUUAGGCUCUUGAUUCCUUGAUCUACGUCUCUUGACUUCUUUAGUAUUAAUAAGACCCAUUAAAAAAGUGUCUUGUUAAUUUUUUGGUUUUCCAGAAUAAAGAGAUUCAAAAAUUAAUUUCUUUUUUUAUUCAAAAAAUUUCUCUGUGCAUUUGAACUUGCAGCUAAAAAAAAAACACAAAAAUUACAAAUCUAUAAUUAUUAAAAUAUAGAAAUUACGUUAAAUAUUUGCGUCAUUGAAAUCUAUGUAAAAAGAUAUGUAUUUUUACUUUUAUAUUACCUAUAUAAAUAACUUAAAAAUAAAUUUAAAAAAUAAAUUACAAAAACGUUAACAAACAAAAAUGCUUGCUAUUUUUCAAAUUAUAUUAUAUAUAUAUAUAUAUAUAUAUAUAUAUAUAUAUAUAUAUAUAUAUAUAUAUAUAUAUAUAUAUAUAUGUAUAUGUGUAUAUGUAUGUAGUACCAAGUAAAGCGUAGCUGCGUACCUACAAUCUGGUCCUGUCUGUCGAGCUGGUUUUGUAACGCCUUUUUGACUAACAUAACUUUUACCAAGUAAUCGGGAUUUUAUUCGUAUAUUAUUUUUGUAUUUUUCACAGUUUCGUACCCCCCUUUUUUCGUUUCGGUUGUAACUCACUACUUCCCCCAGAGGUAUCAGACAUUGUGCUAAUAAAUAAAGUUAAACAAAAUAUUUUUUGUUUAUAAUUACAAAAUGGCAACUGUUAACAGAGCACACACUCACGCACAUGUGCCGUCAACUAAAUCAAUAAACAUCAAACCCAAAAAUGGAUCCAUAGCGAUGCUAGCGCCACGAGAAUUACUGUAUAAAGGUAACAAGUCCCGGACAAGUUCCCUUUAUACAGUCAAUCAAAAUUUCAUCCUAUGAUAUUUUUCCUAUCGCGAGCAGGAGAAGUUUCCUUUAUGGACUAGGUGAUCCGUUGACAUUAAUUCUUCAAUAUCUAUAUGUUAGUUUAAUUUCGUCCAAAUGUGGACUUGUUCCCUUUAUACAAUAACCGCUUCAAUUGUGCUCUUUAGGUAAUACAUUUGAUUUUAAUUAAAAUUAAUUUCAAAAUAAUUUAUAGAGAGAAUCAAGAGGAAAAGAAAACAAAUUCAAGAAGUUGAUAAAAAAAAAUUUGGAGGAGACGAGGAACGUUUUAAGUUACUGUUAAACAUAGUAAAAUAAGUGUACAUGAAAGUAUUUAAAAACAUUAAUAAGAAUAAACAAAGUAUUUUUUUAAUAAAAAUAUAAGUAAUGAUUUGUUCUAUACUCUUAAUAUCUUUUUAUAUACCGAGUCCAUUAAGAGUCAAAUUAGUCAAUGCUCUAAAGAACUAUUUUUAUAAGAGUAUACUAACAUCAAAAGUAGUAUACAAAAAUAAGACAUACAGGAUUAUUGACUCCUAAUAAGAAAGUGGAUGUCCUAUCAACUAAAGUCCAGUUCAGAGAUCUAUUAGAAUCUUUGAUGUGCCGCGAAUAGUCCGUGUGCCGGUGUCGCUUGUAUUGUCACAUGGCAUGCAUGUUUAAAUCGCACAAUUUUAUGCGGAAAGAGUCAUAAAGUAAUAUUUUAAGGGAUAUUCAAUCAUACGACUACAUACGCCCACGUACUAUUUUGUUAGACGUCUGACCUGAGUCACAACCACUCAAGCGUGAAAAAUAUAUUUUACCAACAUAAGUUCUUGAUCAUUAUUAAACACUUUUCUGAAUGUAUGCUUAGAGGAAAACACCUGCUCCCUGGGUUGUUUUUUCAAGUGGUAAAACAAAGCAGUAUGUUUUACGCCGUAAACUUCUGCAGAUUUUCUUAAAUACAUUUCUUUUUCUUUUACAGCCGCUAUCGCUUUCUCGAUGUCUUCCUCAGUAAACCCAGUUUCCUUCUUCCUCUUAUAUUAUCUUACCAUCGUGAUUUGCAAAUCUGGAAAAACAAUGCUACUUAGAAACAUUUUUUACUACUAAUGGGGUACCUUUGAACAAUGUUCAAUAGUGCCCCAUUUUAAAGUUCAAAGACACCCCUUGUGCUUACACUCGAAUUCAACCACGUUUGCUAAAACUAUCCUAACCUCAAAAGACACAUAUUUUCACAAAACGAUCUACAUACCUAGUCUAGUUGACGACCUACUGCAGACUAAAUGUCCUCUUUAUAGUUUAGUGUUGAGCCUAAUUUGUUUAACCCUUUAUCAGUUUGAGACACCGUAUGGUAACACUUUUUUUUAAACCCCUUAUCGGGCAGAACAUGAAUAAUGGUCUGACAUUUUUUAUGCUUUCACUGUGUACUGAAAAUACAUUUGUAAUAAGGUAAUGAUGAGUUUUAAUAUAGUACACGCAUUAGCAACAAAUUUAAAACUUCAUAUCCAUAUGGUCACAUGUGAUGAUAAAAUAAUACAAUUUUUCAUUUUAUUUAAAUUCAUUUAUUCGACGAAAAUCAAAACGUGAUUUCUUUUUUAGGGAAAAUUACAUUGUUUUUUAUGUAUUUAAGUGAAAUGUUUGAAUGUUGUUACAGUCGCAUUUUUCGCACUUAAGUGUUCACUAAUUUGUUCUAACGUCAUGUUUUCUUCUUCGUCCUCAUUACCCGAUUCAUCGGAAUCUAAAAUUCAUAAAAUCUGUUUUAUAUAAAACUACAGACAGUUUAUUAUUAGGAUCCUAUGACUUGUACUUUUCUUUUCUUUUGAAUUGAAGCCAAAGAAAUAUUUUCCUCAUCCUCAAGAGUCCUUUGAUCCAUCUGAAACUUGAGGAAGCGGUGGUAGCUCACAUUUCUUACCAUAAAAUGAAGAGGCGCUAUUUGGUCCAAAUUCAAGAAAAUGUCGUCCAUAACUAUUAUUUUAGGUAUAGUUACUUCUAAAACUAAAAAAGGAAAAAGAAUCCAGUAAUGGGCAAUGUGGCCACAAGCAUUCAAAGUCAAAAUUGUGGUUAUUUUCGUAAGUAUUUAGGUAAACUAAUAUCAAAAUAUAAAUACCUGUAUAUCAACGACACUAAUUGCCAAAUUACACAAAAAACAAACUUAUAUUACACCUGGUAUCAACACCUUUUACACCGGUAAAUCACAUAACCUAUAAAAUUGGCGCGAAGAGCCAUGAACACGUGAAUAUAUAAAUAUCAAAAAGCCGUAUGUCGGCUAAAUUCUUAAUUCGCCCCUCCAAGGCUAUUUGUGAUCGCAUGGCGCCAUUGCCCGGGAAUCGGUUUACUACGCGUAACUCUAACUCGAAUAGGAAGCUUUUGAAUAUGUUGUUACCAUAUGGUUACAUGUUCCAUAAAAUAGCACACGGAUCGGCAAAUGUUAAACCGAUAAAGGGUUAAGUGGGAAAUAUUACAAGAAAAAAGUUGAAAAACAAGGUUUAUUCGUAUUUGCGAUACAACAAGUCGUGGAAGCCGCUGCACAAUACAGUUGCCUUCUUGCGCUAGUUAGUUCAACCACGUGCUGUUUUUAAACGAUUAUCGCGCCAGAGGCGGGAAAUUUGAAUUAAGUUCAAAGGUGCCUCACGUUCAACCGUGCCCCCUUCUCCCCUAUUCUAAAUUUUUUUAUAGCGUUGCAAAAUGUUUAUUAACUCGUGAAUUACAGGGUGAUUUAUAAAAGACGCCAAAUUUCAUUUUAAUUUUAGAAACUUACUUUUAAUUACAAAUGUUUAUAAUUUUUUGUGCUUUACAAAGCUUCGCCUUUUUUAUGACGUUUUGUAUCUUGGCAACGGCUAUCAAUUCUUUUUUUAGAGCUGCAUUUUUUAUAACUUAUUUUAAAAGCAUUUUCUAUUACCUUUAAAAUUAUGUGUCUUAUUCAUACGUUUCCCAACGUUUCGACGGAUUAAUAUCCAUCGUCAGGAAUUUUUCCUUUGCUUAGUAAAUCCCCAUAUGGAAAAAUCUAUGUGUGUUAUAUCAGGCGAUCCUGCGGGCCAAUUUAGAUAUUGUUAUUACCAAUCCAUCGAUGUGGUUUCAAAUUGUUCAGAAACCUUGUACAUCGCCGAUCUCGAUGUGCAGGUGCACCAUCAUGUUGAAAAUAUUCAAAGUUUCUUAUUACAUCAAGAAGGAUAUCGUCCCAAAGAUCUUGCAAAAGAAUUUGUUAAAAAGUUAUUUUAUAAAUUAUAACAAAAAUUAUAUUUUUAUUACAUAUUUAGAUUAGGGUUCAUCGGGUUUUACACAAAUAAUCUUUAAUUAAUUAAAUUUUAAAUCAUGUGGAAAAGAAUAAACAUUUUUAGAGUGAAAAAAAGUCAGAUCCGCACUAAGGAAAAAUUCCUGAUAAUGGUUAUUAUAUUAAUACGUUGAAACAAUGGGAAACAUAUGAAUGAAAUACGUCAAUUUAAAGGGAAUAAAAAAUGUUUUCUAAAUAAGUUAUAAAAAAUGCAGGUUCGUAUUUAAAAGAAAGAAGUUAUAUAUAGAAGAUAUAGAUAGCCGUUGCGAAGAUACCAAUCGUCACAAAGAAAAUUAAAUGCGAAGUAGAGCACAAAAAAAUAUUAAACUUUGUAAUUAAAAGUAAGUUCCUAAAACCAAUAGUUUUGGAAAUAAUAAUUAAAAUAAAACUUGGCGUUUUUUAGAAAUCACCCUGUAAUUCACGAACUAAUAAACAUUUUGCAAUGCCGUAAACGGAUUUAUAAUAAGCAUCAAAAUUUGCAACUUUUUUCUAAUUUAAUCGCCCUCGUAUCUUCUAUAGUUUCGGAUAUAGCAAUAGUCACACGUAGCAAAUAGGACACCCUGUACAACUCCGUGGUAAAACGUCAUUUAAUGCAUUUUAAGUAAAUCAAAACUGUACAAAUGGUUCCUUUUAUUUUUAAGACAUCUUCAUUGUGCUCACUGUAAUAGCUAUAUAUGAUAAAGAAAGGAUUUUUUGACGUUUUACUUCUGACGUUUAAAAUACUUUUAAGAAGCAUUAUAUUUUAAUUCAUAAGCACUUGAGUAACUACUGAUCUUAUUUCAUGAGAAAGGUUUUUAUAGUUUUCUCAAAAAUUACUACAUUUCCUGGUAGGAAAUGAUUUUAGGAAACGCGUGUUUAUGCUUGUGGUAUCAGAGUUAAAAAUUACAGUGCGUAUACAGUGUGUUCUAAAUAGCGUGUGCCUCUGUUGAUCUCGAAAAAGUUACAAUUUUUUUGAUACUCAUUUAAGAUCAUUUUAUCGUAUCGGAACAUUUCUAUUAAUUUCUGAGUGAUUGAUUAAUAGUUUAAUUUUAGAGGAUUUAAGUCCGCCAUUCAUGUUUAACUUUUUUCAGGAACUUUUGAUUUUAAAUAACAUCAGCCUAAUCAAGAGUGUGUAGGAAGGGUAUAAUAUAAUAAUAAUAAUAAUAAUAAUAAUAAUAAUUUUUUACAUAGAAAGAAAAAAAAUACAAGUUUACAAAAUCUAGUAAUAAAUUUACGCAAAUAAAAGGCCUACAAAUUUAGAAUUCUGCCAUGGCAGAUUCUGGUCUUUAACAUUGUGGCCCCACACUUCAUUAAAAAAAAUGGUAAUUUCAGUAAGGCUUAACUAAUAACCAAUUAAAUACAGCUUUUUCUUCAAUCAUAUACCUAAUAAACCUACAUAUUUUAUAGAAGUUCUAAAUUCUAAAUUUGACAGUUUAACAUCAAGCAAAAUAAUACACAUUGCAAACACCCUAAAAACAGAUUAAUUUUUUGUUAAAUAACAAAAAAUAGAAAAAUUAUUACAGACAGUAAAUAAAUAAAUAAAAUGACAAUUGAUAAUGAAAACCGAAUAAUGAAAAAACCCAUAAUUCAUCAUCGCAGAUUUAUUGUUGUUUAAAGUAAAUGAAUCAAUAUACUUUUGCGUGCGCUCGAACCAAUUUAAAUAACAGUUUUUCGAUUUUAAUUGAGGUACCUCCAAAGCAGGCAUUAAUGGCUUCUUUGGGUGCUGAAAAAUGUUGGCCACUCAAUUUUUACUUGACAAAUGGGAAUAAAAAGAAAUUAUUUGGAGUUUUAUCAGGGCUCUACGGAGGAUGACCCAACAAUUCAACAUUUUGUCUAGUCACAUAGACAGUUGUUUCAGGCGGUAUGUGGACAUUGUCAUGAUGAUCCUUCGUUGUUGUUUGUUUGUCCGUACUUUAUUAAGCAGUCAAAAAAAUGUCAAAAAAGCGCUAGUGUAUCGUUCAGGAUUUACUUUUCUAGGUUGGUCUAUCGGUACGGUUGCCACAUGUCUAGUUAUUGCAGUAAAAACAGGAAUUCAUUUUCUUCGAUGUUCUGUGAACAAAUCACUUGCCAAGUUUGGUUUGUCUUAAAAAACCCCUAGAGUGGAUUGCUGUUUAGUUUCGGGCUUACGAGGUCUGGCUAUUAAAUAACGAGACUGGUUACGAAAAAGGGUUUUAUUAUAAAAAUUAUUAUACAUUCGAAUGCUCCCCUUCAAUAUACUCCCCUCCCCUCGCCACACAUCUUUCCAUACGUUGUUUCCAUUGAUCGAAGCAGUGCUGGAAGUCUUCUUUGGUGAGGGCCUUUAGGAGCUCGGCCGUUUUUUGCUUUACCGCUUCCAUCGACUCAAAUCGGAUCCCUUUCAAAGCAGAUUUUAUAGUCG